GUAAGAGUGACAGCGACAAGGGUGCGUAGCCAACAGUAUGCCGCGCUAGUCGCGAGACCCGGUUUCUUGGGCUUAGGCCCUUUACGUCCAGGCAAAAUGUCUAGGAAGGUGAUUUGGAGCCGUUGUAACGUAGCGCGUUGCUGCAUAGCACUUUUGGAGCUUGCUAUACUGUUCGGCUUCACCCAAACGACGUGCGGGGCCUUAACAGGCCUCACGCUGCCGCCGCUUGACUUGACUGCUAUCUCAUAUGGGCACCCAUGGCGGUCCGCAAACACGCUUGUCUUUACUGACUUAAUGAAGCACUCCGCUCCAUUCAAGGCGGGAGCCCGCGGAGCUUCUGCUACCGGGGAUUGCGGCUGGCUCGGAGACGAAAACAUCCAGUGGCGCACGGACGGCUACCCCGCAGGCCUGAGUCCUCCGUACGGCUGGACACACUGCGCCAACUCGACCAUCGGCGCCGGCGGCGCGUUCUACCCGGCAGGCAAAUACGUCGUGCUGUACGACGGCGAGGGGGUGGUGGAGUUCGCGGGCGACGCCGCCUGGCCGCCGCUGGCCUCCUCGCCGGGUCGCCUCGAGCUCAACGUGACGCCCAGCUCAGCGGGCAUGCGGCUGCGCAUCGUCAAGUCGUCGUUUGCCAACCCGCUGGUCAACCUCCGGAUCAUCCCAGCUGACCUCGAGUCGAGCUAUAACACACCAGCCAACACCUUCCGGCCCGAGUUCCUUAAGCAACUCGAGGGUGUCCCGCUUCUGCGCUACGCCAACUGGAUGUUAGCGGUCGGCAACGCCGGCAGCGGCCGCGCCGCGCCCCGCAAUUGGACCCGCCGCACCACGCCCACCACAAGCACGCAGUCGUUCCGCGAUGUGGACGGUGUGGCAGUGGAGCACUGCGUGGACCUGGCGAAUGUGGUUGGGGCGGACAUGUGGGUCAGCCUGCCGCGCGCGGCGGAUGACAACGACCCCUACGCCUACAACAUGCUCAAGUACCUGGCUGUCAACCUGGCGCCGGGCCGCAAGCUGACCCUGGAGUACAUGACGGAUGGGCCGGGCUGGAUCGAGCAGCACCUUCCCAACAACACGCGGCUACUGGCGCGCAUUGCGCAGCGCGUGUUCGCGGAGGUGGGCCGCCCGCGAGCGCAGCUGCGGGUGGUGCAGACCGCGCCAGGGAUCAAUUUCGUGGCCAACAUGAUGGGAGUGCUGGACCAGCAGAAGCAGCAGGACCCCAAAGCCAACUACAGUGCUUGGCUUGAUGCUGUGGCGCUGCCGGCGUCUUUCGGCGGCAGCGCCUACAGCUCGGUGGGCGCCGACCGAAACCCCACUGCCUGGCAGGACGGCGCAUUCUUCCUGUCGCCCAACAGGCCGCAGAGCGUGAGCCUGGAGGCCGCACUGAAGCUGAUACGGUCAUCGGUCAUUGUGGCGGACAUGAACUACAACCGCGCACUCCAGGUCCUGAAGGCCCGCGGCCUGGAGGUGCUGGGCUACGCGGGCGGCCCCGAGCUGGCGGCGCCGCAGUACGGCGCACGUGCCAACAUGGACCGCAUCCUUGGGGACUGCGGCUUCAGCUUCACCACUUGGCCCUGCCGUGUGAACAACCUGUACCCGCCGUCCAACUCCGGGUCCAUUUCAUUCGACAACGCUGCCGCGCGCAAUGCGUCACUGCUUGGUGUUGUGCUGGCAAACGCCACGCGAGAGGCGGAGCUAACGGAGGUGCUGCGGCGCGUGCGGCUGCACGACUACACCUAUGACUUGAUGCUGGACUCGCUGUGGCGGUGGCACUACCAAAUGAACGGAAGCGACCUGGUCGUGGACGUCACCAAGCAGGGCAGCCGCUGCGACUACGCGCCGGGCUUGGGGUCGUUGCGAAAAGGCUUCGCGAUGCUGGCCCCUACCGAGUGCCAGCCGGGCGUACUGACGUCAGCUAGCCAGCCGCUUCCGGGCGCGUACCCCACUGACGCGCCGUCAUUUCGGGCGUUCAAGGCCUGGAUUGCGGCUGAGGCUGCUGGUGGCAGUGCUGGCGUGGGAGUGGGUGGCCUGCGCGGCGCACUGCCGCGCACCGCGGCGGAGGUGACGGCCCCUGUGUUUCCGCCCGCGGCGGCGUGCAACCCCGCAUGUGUCUACGGCACGUGCACCUACUACGGCGUCUGCAGCUGCUGGGCGGGCGCCAGUGGCCCCGACUGCUCUGUGCUGGCCCCCAGCUCCACACCCUCCUCCUGCGCACCCCGGCUGGGAAUCAACCUGGAGGGCAUUGCUGACUGGAGUCGCAGCUGGUUCUUUGUGGAUGCCUGGAAGUCAAGCCGCGCCUGGAUCAGCCAGAGCUUCGUGGAGUCUGCGUGGAGCACGGGCACGGCUCAGGAGCUGAUCAGCCGCCGCGACGGCCCCUUCGGCCCGGCCGCGUACGGCUACCCCGCCCGCCUGGCACCCUACCAGAAGGUGUCAAGCAUCAUGACCCGUGACCUGGAGGGACACGCCCCGGGCGGCUGGUACACGGUGCUGUACGAGGGCAAGGGCGUCAUCGCCUUCUCCCUGUCCGACGUUAAAGACGUGGUGUAUGAGGAGGCUGGGUGCAUCCGUGUGCUGUUCAACCCCAGCACCGAUUUCAACAACGGCAUGCUGCUGUCGAUCGAGCGUACCGAUCCGUCCGACCCCAUCCGCAACGUGCGUGUGCUCAUGCCGGGCUUUGAGCGACAGGCGGAGGCGGGCGACGUCCUGCACCCGCUGCAGCUCGACUUCCUGAGGCCCUUUGGGCUCAUACGCUUUAUGGACUGGAUGGCCACGAACCAGGCUACGCUGCCGACGUCAUGGGACACUCGCCCGCGCACCACGGACAUCUCCUUUGCCUACUCAGUGGGUGGCGUGCCGCUGGAGGUGAUGGCACUGCUGGUCAACAAGCUGGGGGCAGACCCCUGGUUCUGCAUGCCGCACACCGCCACAGACGACUACGUGCGCGGCUUCGCACAGGCCGCACUGCAGCUGCUGAGGCCGGACGUCAAGGUGUACGUGGAGUACAGCAAUGAGGUGUGGGGCACGGGCUUCCCGGGCGGCCAGUACGCGCAGGAGAUGGGGCUCAAGAUGAAUCUGACCGAGGAGGGCAACCGCUGGUACGGCGGCGCCACCAACGAGGCGCGGCUGUGCUUUGUGGCGCACCGCACUGCCAACAUCAGCCGCAUCUGGAAGGAGGUGUGGGGCGCGGCGGCGGGCCGUGUCAACAUCGUGAUCAGCGGCCAGGCGGUGUGGCCCAUCACCUCCUCCAAGCUGCUCAGCUGCGGCGGCGCGCACAAGUACAUUGACGCGCUCGCCAUCGCGCCGUACUUUGGCUCCUACAGCAAGACUCGCGACACCAACCUCGAGACAUUCGUGAACACGACGCUGGUCUCCCAGGUGAACGACUCCCUCGCCUACGUGUCGCAGCACGCCGCCAUCGCCGCCAACUUCUCAAAGCCGCUGCUGUGCUACGAGAGCGGGCAGGGCUUGAUCGGCGACGGCAGCAGCAUGGACCUGGCUCUGCAAGCCAACCGCGCUCCCGGCAUGUAUGCGCGGUACCGGCAGUACCUGAAUGGGCUGAUCGCCAGGAACGUGUCCCGUGCCGCACACUUCUCAUCUGUCGGAGCCUUCAGUCGGUACGGCAGCUGGGGUCUGGUGGAGUGGCAGGACCAGGACCGGCGCGACUCGUACAAGUACCAGGGCCUGAUGUCGGUGCUGAACGAGCAGCUGCGGUGCCCGCUGCCGCCGCCGCUGGACCCAUCCGCUUGCCCCAACGCCUGCAGCGACAACGGCGUGUGCGCGCGCAACGGGGCAGGCCAGCCCGCGUGCUACUGCAACACCGGCUUCGGCGGCGAUGACUGCGGCCAGGGCCAAUACACGGAGGUGUACAAGUGCGGCUACAAAUGCACCUUCGACCAAGGGUUCUGCAACAACUCAGUGGUCACUCAGCGCUCCAUCCGCACCUGGACCUGCUCCUGCAAGCCGGGCAUAAGUGGGCUUGAGUGCGGCAUUAACAGUUGCACCGACAACUGCAACGGACACGGUGAGUGUGUGGACCAAAACGUGUGCGCAUGCUAUCCUGGAUACACCGGCAGCACAUGUGACGUAGACUGCGGCUGCAACGGCUACGGCCGCUGCACCAACACCAACAGCAGCAGCGGUGGCGGCGCACCCACCUGCAUCUGCGAUGUGGGCUGGCGGCUGGGGCCCAACGGAUGCGAGUGGGAUUGCAGUGACUGCGAUGACGGCACCAGCUGCAUGGGCCCCGGCGAGUGCGGAUGCGCCGACACGUGUGUGUACGGCGACUGCUUCCACGGCGCCUGCCGCUGCUGGGCCGGGUACGGCGGUGCCCGGUGCGACCUGGACGAGCAAGCGGCGGCGGCGGUUGGCCUGACGGUUGUGCCGCGGCUCAAUCGCGGCUCGAUAGCGGGUGUGAACGUGGACGGGCUCUCGUACUGGAGCACGGAGUGGGUGUGGACCGACGUCAUGAAGGGCAGCGGCCAGUGGUGGACCGCCAACAAGCCUGACACGGCCUGGGAGAAUCCCUACAACACAGGCCAGCCUCUGGAGCUGAGGCCGGACGGCUAUCCCGCCCGUCUGCCGCCCAACACGAUUGCCCACACGCUCAUUCUGCGAAACGUGGCGUUGCACGCCUGGCCCGGCCGCUACGUGGUGCUAUACGACGGUGAAGGCCGUUUGGACUUCGGCUUCGACGCCCAGAUCGCCUCACGCGACCGCAACCGCCUCGAGAUCAUCCUGACGCCCACCGCCGACCUCGCCUGUCUGGAGCGAGGCGACGCCUACUGCGGCGACAACGGCAUCUACCUCGCCAUCAUCGACACCAACCCCAGCAACCCCGUCCACAACAUCCGCAUCCUGCCGUCCAUGGGCGGCGCUGCAGCCUCUGCCGGCGGCGCGGGGGCGGGCGGUGCCUGGGAGGGACGCUACGGCCGCGCUCCGUUCCACCCCUGGUUCCUCAAGUCGGUGGCGCGGUACUCCGUCAUCCGCUUCAUGAACUGGAUGGCCGUGACGCAGGGCGAGCCAGCGUACCAGGGCGCCCAGGACUGGGAGGCGCGGCGGCGGAAGCCCGACUACCACACGCAGACCGGCUCCGAGGGCGGUGGUGCGGCGCUGGAGCACAUCGUGCAGCUGUGCAACAUGGUCGGCGCCGCGCCCUGGAUCAGCGUGCCGUACAUUGCUGGCGAGGACCCGGGCACACUGCGUGCGAUGGCGGCGCUGCUGCGGGACCGGCUGCGGCCGGAUGUGCCCGUGUAUGUGGAGUACUCCAACGAGGUGUGGAACCCCGGCUUUGACUCGUACAAGUGGGCGCGCGACCGGGGCCUCGCGCUGAAGCUCUCCACAGACGGCCAGACGGCGUCCUACCGCUACCACGCGCGAGCUACCGUGGCCAUUGCGGAGGCUUUCCGGGAGGUGUUUGCUGCUGCGCCGGGCGGCGGCGCCUCUCGUGUCAAGGUGGUUCUGGGCGGCUGGGGCUUCCUGUGUAACGGCGGCACGGGCUGCGGCGCGUGGCACAUGGCGGACACGCUGGGCUGGAAUGGCACCGCGAGCAAGGUGGACUACUACGGCGUGACCGCCUACUGGAACUGCGGCCUGGGCGGCAACGGCGCCGCAGACGCCAUCCUGAGCGUUGGCGACAUGCUAGCCAAGUGCCGCACACAGCUGGCGGCGGACGAGGCGGCGGCGGCAGCGCUGGCGGCCAAGGUGGCGACGUACGGCAAGACCGUCAUCACGUACGAAGCCGGGCCCGCCAUCGUGGAGCAGGCCGCACUUGGGAACGGCGGCGAGACGCCCGCUGCCACUGUCAAGUACGUCGCGGUCAACCGCCACCCCGACAUGUACGGAUUGUACCGUGACUACCUCGAGAUGUACCGGCGCGUGGGGUUCGUAUCAGCCGGCCGGCCGUACAACCAGUUCACGAGCGUGGGUCGGUACGGCAAGUACGGCAGCUGGGGCCUGCAGGAGUACACCGGUCAACCGCUGGAUACGGCACCCAAGUACCGCUCAUACAUGGACUGGCUGGAUAGCCAGGCAGGCGGCCCAGGCCCGCGCGCGCAGUGCCUGUCACUGGCGGCGACUGGCGGGGCCGCGGGUGGAGUGUCCGGGACUGCGGGUGGCGGCGGCGUCGCGCUUGCAGAGGGCCUGCUGCAGGGCGCGCCGGCGGUGCACCUGCCAGCCACCGGUAGCGUGUGGGUGCAGGGUCAGAACGUGACGCUGAAGUGGGCAACUGUGGGCUGGCCUUCGGGCCCCUCGCGUCCUCUCACCAUCACGCUGUGGAGCGAUGCAGAUUGCGUGGACGGCUCCAACCAGAGCCAGCAAAAGCCGAUUGACCAGGCUCUGGCCGUGCUGGCACGUGACGCCGUCCUAAACCCGCCCGGCCGCCUGGAAUGGACGGUGCCACUCGGCGCCGAGGGCCCCGCGGCCCUGGCUGUCGCGGUCGCGGCUGCCGAGGCAGCCGCGGCGGCAGGCGGCGGCAGGCGCCGCGUGCCGCGUUUCUUCAUCCGCAUCAGCGACGGCGUGUCGACCAACUACAGCGAGCCGUUUGACAUCCGCCUCCCGUACACCUACUCAGCAGGCGCCUGGGGCGGCUGCGACUGCGUGGCGGCGGCAUCGCGUCAGCGGCGCACUGUGAGCUGCCGCGCCACUCGCCCUCCCGGCAGCGCUGCGGCUGGUCUGGGCGACGCGGUCCCGGAGCGGUUGCCACGCUGUGACCCCUUCAGCGAUUGGAACAUCACGCGCCCUGACCCCGCGUGCAGCAUCUCUGCCACCGGAUGUCGCGAGUACCGAACCUCUAAUGUGGGCCAGUGGGCCUGGUCAAACUUCAAGCCCGCAGUGGACUGCACCGCGCAGCAGAGCCCAUGGCCUGCGGCUGGUGACGCUGUGUCUACGGAGGCUGCGGACAGCGCCUGUGUGGCGGUGGGCGCGGUGCCGCCGCCAACCUCCAGGACCUGCUCUGACGCCUCGGUGCGCCUGUGCCCCAACAUCUUCAAGCCACCUAGCCCGGUGCCGCCCUCUCCCAGCCCGCCCAGCCCCGCACCCAGCCCCAAGCCGCCCAGUCCAAGACCUCCCUCACCACGUCCCCCCAGCCCUAGGCCGCCCUCGCCGCCCAAGCCACCACGCCCGCCCAGCCCUAGCCCGCCAUCACCCAGGCCUCCGGCCCCGCCACCCAAGCCGCCUGGCCCGCCCAGCCCUAGCCCGCCAUCACCUCGACCACCGGCACCUCCUCCCAGGCCGCCCAGCCCACCUCCCAAGCCGCCCACUCCACCACCCAAGCCGCCUGGGCCUCCUAGCCCUAGUCCACCGUCGCCGCGACCGCCGUCACCUCCACCAAAGCCGCCCAGUCCGCCACCCAAGCCGCCUGGGCCGCCUAGCCCUAGUCCACCGUCGCCGCGGCCGCCGUCGCCUCCUCCCAAGCCGCCCAGUCCACCACCCAAGCCGCCUGGGCCGCCUAGCCCUAGUCCCCCGUCGCCGCGGCCACCGUCGCCUCCUCCAAAGCCGCCCAGUCCGCCACCCAAGCCGCCUGGCCCGCCUAGCCCUAAUCCCCCGUCGCCGCGGCCGCCGUCGCCUCCUCCCAAGCCGCCCACUCCGCCGCCCAAGCCGCCUGGCCCGCCUAGCCCUAAUCCCCCGUCGCCGCGGCCGCCGUCGCCUCCUCCCAAGCCGCCCAGUCCGCCACCCAAGCCGCCUGGGCCGCCUAGCCCUAGUCCACCGUCGCCGCGGCCGCCGUCGCCUCCUCCCAAGCCGCCCACUCCGCCGCCCAAGCCGCCUGGCCCGCCUAGCCCUAAUCCCCCGUCGCCGCGGCCGCCGUCGCCUCCUCCCAAGCCGCCCACCCCGCCUAGCCCCAAGCCUCCUUCACCCAAACCUCCUUCACUUUCGCCACCGAAGCCGCCAUCACCAUCACCACCCUCGCCUGAGCCCGCUGCAUAACCCUAGUGCACAUGCACUCUGCCUGUUUGCACGCCACCAGCUGAAUUGGGGCCCAACAUACUUGAGAUAUGUUGCUGGUCCACGCUUGCUGGUCGGCUGUAGCGUACAUUGCAGCUAUGUUUGGACGUUGGGUAACCAACAAGGGAGAGGGGUUUCGACGGCGAGCGGACGGGCCAUUGACUGUGGGCUGCACUGUUUGGGUACUUGAAAUAAAAUACCAUCGGGGGAUUGAUUGCAUUUACGGUGAUGGCCGUUAGCCCAGCAUGCAGGGCAUGGGAGAGCUUACUCGCGAAGGGCUUCAUGAUAGCAAUUGUUACAUUUUCACAUCAAUUAGUGUAUAUCAUACUGUUGGGGAGCUGCACAAGCUUUUCGGGUGCCGCUAUGUGCAUGGGUACUGACCUUCAGGGUGCCUGCAGGUUGACCACAAUAAGGCUUGGAGUAGUGGGUGACAUGGCAAGCUGUGAUUGCCGCUGACAGUGCACCUGCUUUCCCGUGGAUUGGGGAUGGGUUCCCGGGUGCUCCAUUGCGAUUGAGCGUCCUUGGCCAUGCCGGUGCUAGUUAAUUCAUCACGCUCAGUAUUCAUGUAUCAGCAUGUGGGGGUGAAAAGGGUUGCUUUGUGUCAGCCGGAAUGGCGUCGUCGUCAAACAUGCAGGGUGGAUCAUGAAGGGCAUGAUGAGCCAAGGCAGGAAUGAGGCUGGCCGCAGACAAAAUGAGUUCAGGAGACGAUGCCGAUCACAAGGGAUGGCAUAGUGCGGAGGGCUUUGCUGCCCUGACUUGCAUGGACACCAGGCAUGCCACUGCCGUAUACCGGCAGCAUUCAUGUCAGGCAAGCCAUCGUGUGCACCAAUUAGGCUCUGACUCCUGAGGCGUGCAACUGGCUGGAGUGUCUGAGGCGCUGAGUGUGAGAGCACAGGGCAGCAGCCGUUUUGGAGCGCACCAGUCAUAAGGCAUACCGUGAGAGUGAUACGGUAAUUACACGUUCUUGGAGUGAGUACUGCGUGUUGCGACAGCAGGCAAUAGGUACCGACAAAGAUGUAACACACACCAAAGACCUGACCCACUCCUGACCCAUUCCGAUAGUACCAUCCACAGAGAUGGCCACUUGGACCAUGGCGUCUGGCAGGCGCAAGGAUGCAGUACUCAAAGCUGGCCCGGCGUACAAGUGUACACCACCCAAAAUACCAGCCCUCAAACGGCCACGGCAUCAUGAGUCCGUGAGUCCAUAAGUCCACGGACAGGCGCGCCCAUCCCCCCACGGUGGACCGGAUCCCCCUUGGCCCCUCCUCGAUAACGGACGUCAUCUUCACAGUGUUGUUGCUCAAUGCUCACGUGCCCCUAUCGACUACAGAUCAUCAUACAGCAGUGCCGCAAGUCCUGCUACGGCAGCGCCGUACCUCUGACAAUGAAACAAGCACACGCAGCCAUGCACCCCUGCAGCUAGCCAUGCUGUUACUUGCCCUGCCAACUUGCAAUGCGUUUGCAUGUUUUAUACCUUUGUUGCUUCCCCCACUUUUUCCGUGGACUGCUAUGACGUUUUGAUGUUCAAGAGGCGAGGAGCCCUUGCGGCUCGGUUAGUCACGUUGCAGGUCCUGAUAUGGCCACACAUCCACCUGUAACAACAACAUCAUCAUCAUGCAUCAUCAUCAUCAUCAAUGCGCUAGAAGGACACGCUAGACACGCUAGAAGACACGCUAGACACACUAGACACGCUAGACACGCUAGAAGGACACGCGGAAGGCAUACGCGUCCCCCUGUUGGCAAUCAAUACAGAUUAUAGAAUGCUGAAUCGCACGAGGCUGCACGCCAAAACCCCCUGGGC